AUGACCGCUGGCGUCCGCACCGGUGGUCGCCGCGUCCGGGUCGAGAGGGAGAGGGAGAGAGCGCUGGGGAGAGAGAGGAGAGCGACGGGAAGAGUCGAGAUUUUUCCAGAUGGGUUGAGAAGGAGAAGCUGGAGUAUAUAUUUGAUUGAGUGGAUUUGGAUGGGAAGCCGGAGCAGGACGGGAAAUCGGACGGGCACAAAAUUUCGGGACGACGUGGAAACGUGGACGGUGGUUCCUUUGGAGGAGCAGGCCAGGCUUGUCUGGUUGAAUUUCGGGACGACGUGGACGGUGAUUCCUUUGGAGGAGCAGGCCAGGCUUGUCUGGUUGAAUGAAUAUGACGAAGGAGGCGCUCGUCAUGGUAUAAUGACAACUAACUCUUUUGAGGUGUACAAUUGGAUGCUGCGUGGUGUUCGGGGCCUCCCAUUAGUUGGCAUCGUGGAGUUCUACCUCUACCGCACAAUCAAAUAUUUUAUGGAACGGUAUGCUGUGGCUGACCAAUCAAUAAUGGCCGACCCGUAG